AUGGCAAUUUUAAACCAGGCUACAUUGCAUGGUUUUGUUGCUGCGGGAACAAAAUGCUUAGUGCUGGAAUCAUCAGAUAGUUUGAGAAUGACAGGGUUUUCGUUCACAGCAUGGACCAAUGCUUGGAGGGCCUUGGACCUAAUCGGCAUUGGGGACUCUCUCCGUCAACAACAUUACCCGCUUCAGGGGUUGCUGGCUGCCUCUAUGAUUCCUGGACUUCCUACUUCAGAAAUUUCAUUUAAUGUCGAAGGAAUAAACGAUUUUCAAGCACUUCCUGAGUUUUUAUUUUGUGGGGGGUGUGGUGUUGCUGGCGAUGUUAGUGGAAAGCAUGAAGUUCACAGCGUUCAAAGGAGGGCGCUAGUGGAAGCCCUUCAAAAUGAAGUGCCAAGCGGCACAGUCAGGUAUUCCUCCAAAGUCGAUUCUAUUGAGGAGUGA